AAAAUAAGCCGGAGGAAAUAAACUGAGUAACAUUGCAGACAAAAUAAACCAGAAGGUGGCGGUAAAGCAACGCUUUUGGAUGCAAGGUUAAACCUCGAAGAAGAAGAGUCUGGCGAUACGACGUCUAAAGACCGCGCCGUGUUCCUGCAUCUGUUAUGAUUCGGCUGAAGAAAGACAGAGAAAUAUUCUGAGACUGAGAACUUCACGACACACUAUUAUAACGAUGGCAUUUAUUAAAGAGGAGAGUGAAGACAUUAAGAUUGUAGAAGUGUUCACGAUCAAACAAGAAGACCCUGAGGAACAAACAGAUCUGAUGGUACUGAAAGAAGAGAAUGAAGAACUGAAAGAAAUAGAGAAAAGUCAAUAUGAGAGACAUGAUUUCAUGGCUGUGGAAAAAUCCUUACCGACUGAAAUACAUUCGGUUCAAAAGACUGAAUCUAACAGUUGCCAUCAAUGUGGAAAGAGUUUCACACUUAAAGAAAACCUUAAACAGCACAUGAAAAUUCACACUGGAGAGAAGCCUUUCACAUGCCAACAAUGUGGAAAGAGUUUCACUAAAAAAGGAAACCUUAAAGAACACAUGAAGAUUCACACUGGAGAGAAGCUUUUCACAUGCCAACAGUGUGGAAAGAGUUUCGUUAAAAAAGGAAAUCUUAAAGAUCACAUGUACAUUCACACUGUAGUGAAGCCAUUCACAUGUGACCGGUGUGGAAUGGGUUUCAAAUAUAAAGAAAGCCUUAAUAACCACAUGCGAAGAAUACAUUCAAGAGAUAAUUGUUUUAUAUGUAAUCAGUGUGGAGAGAGUUUCAGUAGUAAAGUAAGCCUCUACAGUCAUAUAAGACUUCACACUAAAGAGAAGCCGUUUAUCUGCCAACUGUGUGGGGAUACCUUCUUACAAAAUGGAAAUCUGAAGUCACACUUGAGAGUUCACUCUGCAGAGAAGACUUUCCCAUCAGUGUGGAAAACGUUUCAGACAGAAAACAACCCUUGAUUCAUGCAUGAAAAGACAGACACGAGUGGCAGAUUCAGGACUGGUCUAUAAUAACCCGGUUUUGUUGCAUAAUGUUGGGUUUGAUGAUUUAAUACUUUUGCCUUGGUCUUGAUGUCUUUUGCUCUAAGCUAUUAAACUGCUGUUAACUGGUAUUUGUCUUUUCACUUUAGAUCUGUUGGUACUGAAAAAGAAUCAAGAACUGGAAGAAAUAGAAGGGAAAGAUCAAUAUGAGAGACAUGAUUUCAUAGCUGUAGAAAAAUCCAUACAGGUGAAACAAACAAGACCAAAUCUAACAGUUACUUCUCCUGCCGUCAAUGUGGACACUUUCAAUCAAAAACAUAACCUUAAAAUCCACAUAAGAUUUCACACUGUAGCGAAGCCUUUUUAUUUGCAAACAGUGGGAACAGCUUCUCACACAAGGGAAGUUUUAAGUUGCACACAAGGCUUCACACUUGAGAGAAUCCUUUCACAUGUCUUCAGUGUGAGAAGAGUUUCACAUAUGUGACCAUGGACCACAAAACCAGUCAUAAGGUUCAAUUUUUCGCAAUUGAGACUUAUACAUCACCUGAAAGCUGAAUAAAUAAGCUUACCAUUGAUAUAUGGUUCGUUAUGAUAGGAAAAUAUUUGGCCGAGAUACAACUAUUUGAAAAUCUGGAAUCCGAGGUGUGCAAAAAAAUCAAAAUAUUGAGAAAAUGGCCUCUAAAGUUGUCCAAAUUAAGUUCUUAACAAUGCAUAUUACUAAUCAAAAAUUAAGUUUUAAUAUAUUUACAGUAGGAAAUUUACAAAAUAUCUUCAUGAAACAUGAUCUUUACUUGAUAUCCUAAUGAUUUUUGGCAUAAAAGAAAAAUCUAUAAUUUUGACCCAUACAAUGUAUUUUUGGAUAUUGCUACAAAUAUACCCUGCGACUUAUGACUGGUUUUGUGUUCCAGGGUCACAUAUGAAAGAGACCUGAAACUUCAUUUUCAAACGCAUUGUGGAAAGAAAUUGCAGUGCUCUGAGAGUGGAAAGAGGAUUAAAAAGAGGAGCAAUUAAAAAAAAUAAAUAAAUCAUCCAUGCAUUCAGUCUGGAGGAAGGCAGUUUAAUUAUGAUUAAUGUAAUGUUUCUUUUGCCAUCACACUUAAGGCCAAUUCACACCGCGCUGACAGAGUACAGUAUGCCACUUUGCAGACAAACCAAGCCAAACUGCAUGUUCAGUCAGUGAAAAUGAGCUCUACAAUGAUCAGGUAAAACCCGACAAAGUGUCUGUUGCUGUCUGUCCGUGCAGUGUGAAUUGGCCUUUACAGAUACACCCGAAAAUUCAUGCAGAUGUGAGAUGACAUGCGUGUUUUUUCCGUGGAAAAAGAUUUAAAUGACUCAGCAUUUUAAAAUGGCACCAGAAAAAAUGUAUUUGUGAAAUCAAGGCUAUGUUCACACCAAAGCUGAAUGUGGCCCAAAUCUGAUUGUCCACCUUCAUAACCAUUUGCAUUUUUUGACUUUUGUGGCUUUUUAUUUUUUCUUGUAUGAACUAGUGGCUGCACCUGACCAUCUGCUUUGCUAUAGUUUAGAUGUUGUCAAACUUUUUUUGUCCCAAGACACACCUUUGUGAUUGUGAUAUCAUUAUUAUUAUUAUUAUUUUUUUUUGUUGUUGUUGAAACUUUGCAACUUUUUACAUUUUCAAAUCCUGAAAGCUAAUAUCUAAAAAAAAGCACAAUUAAGCUUAAUUGAUUUCUGACUUUCUGAGACAAUGUUGCAGUGUAAAUGGAAUUUUAUAAAUAAAAGGACAUAAAUAAAAUAAAUGUUGAACUGCAGUAUUUGAUUCAUCUUU